AUGACCGAAGCUCUGUCUUCCUCUGCGGGAACACACACAGCAGGUCAAGCACCUACCCUCGCAUCACAUACUGAAACAGUGCGCUCGUCAGGAUCUGACACUGGACGCAGAUGGCGCCGAAAACCGCGCACCACCGAGCAGGAGCAGGAGCGAGAUAGACCUCCUCGGUAUGUCACUUCAGACAGCAAUAAUGCUGCAGAAGGGCCCAGCAAGAGGCCUCCGCGCAGAAAGCACCCGAAUCGUGCGCCGGACGAGGGAUCAUCGCCGAGAGGCAGCUCGUUAAAACCGCGCGAUUCCUCUGCGCAGCCGAGCACAACUGACAAGCAAGUGUCUCCGCAGAACUCAGCCCCGAAAAAAACUCGACGGGGAAAGUUCAACUCUGCUCUCACGGAGUCAGAAGUCGCGAGUCACUCGACGCCUAGCGAGGUGGAUGUCGAACCGUCGAAGAAAUUCAAGAGCAAACUUCCUGAGGCGGACGACCUGACUUCACGCCUCAUACGUGAAUUAUGUACGCCACCCUUUCCGGAUUGUAUCAUCUGUUUUGCGCCUAUACGCCCUGCACAGCCGACAUGGUCCUGUUCUCCCGCUUCGCCUGUACUGUUCCCUUCGAGUGACGACAGCGACAACGAGCGUGCCCGCGCAACUGAUACCGCACAGUGCUGCUGGACGACGUUUCACCUCAAGUGCAUCAAGCAAUGGGCUGUAAAGAGCGUCAAGGACAUUGUAGAGGCCUGGCGGGCGCGGGGCGAGGACCGUGUGGGUGAUUGGCGUUGUCCAGGCUGCCAGUCAAAACGGACGGCGGUGCCCAGCAGCUACUGGUGUUUUUGCGGAUCGAUGCCCGAGCCAAAGCCGUCGCGCCUUGCGACGCCGCAUUCAUGCGCCAACCCAUGCUCGCGGCCUCGCGCGUGCGGGCAUUCGUGUCCUCUUGCGUGUCAUCCAGGGCCAUGUCCUCCAUGCCAGGUGACGACGGAACUGCCGUGUCAUUGCGGCAAGGAGACGCUCUCGUUCAAAUGCGCCAAACUCGCGCCAAGCAGGGCGCAGAACAGCGCAGCGGCCGAGCUGUCUUGCGGGAGUGCGUGUGGGCGCCAGCUUAGUUGUGGGAACCACCGGUGCGAGGACGUCUGCCAUCCCGGACCAUGUCCUCCUUGCAAGGUGCGCGAGACGGGAAGAUGCUAUUGUGGCAAGGAGGAGAGGGAACUAGGCUGCGGGAUCGGCGAGGAGAAGGAAUGCAGCGUGCUUGAGGACGGAGAGCACCAGCAGUGGACGGGUCGAUUCGUCUGCGAGGCCGUGUGCGGUCGUCCGUUCGACUGCGGCAUCCAUACCUGCUCGAAGCCAUGCCAUCCUCCAUCUUCCACUCCUGCCGUCUGUCCCCGCUCUCCCUCUCUGGUCACCCACUGUCCUUGUGGCAAGCACGCGCUCAACGCCUCCUCGGCGCCAUAUUUCCAGCCCCGUUCGGUCCUCACGCGCACGUCUUGCGCAGACCCGAUCCCAACGUGCAAGUCCAUCUGCAUGAAGCCGCUCGAGGGCUGCUCACACGCGUGUGCGGUCCGCUGCCACACAGGCCCGUGCCCUCCCUGUACGAUCGCGCUCGUGCGCCCGUGCCGAUGCGGGGCGACGACGCGGGAUGUGCCGUGCACUGAGGACCAGGCGCGAGGGCGCGGGGCCGCAGGGGUGGAGGAGAUUCUCUGCGAGCGGCGGUGCAACGCCCUACGCGCAUGUGGGCGACACCAGUGUAAGCGCAUGUGCUGCCCGCUGGCGUCCCUUACGGCAACUGCGAAGGGGAAGGGGAAGAAGCGCGCUGGCGCGGAUGUACUUGUGGACGAGGCAGGCUGGCAUGAGUGCGAUCUGGUGUGCGGAAAGCCCCUUGCGUGUGGAAACCAUCAAUGCGAACUGCGCGACCAUAGGGGGGCAUGCCCGUCUUGCUUGAGGAGCUCCUUCGAAGAGAUGGUUUGCAAUUGUGGCCGCACUGUCCUCCAGCCGCCUGUACCCUGCGGGACGCGCAUCAAUUGCCAUUACCCGUGUGCGCGCCCUCUUGAGUGUGGGCACUCCAGUAUCCAACACGCAUGCCAUGAAGACCCAGCGCCGUGUCCGCCCUGCCCGAUCCUGAUGAGCAAGCGAUGCUCCUGCGGAAAGAAGAUGGUCGACAAUGUCAAGUGCUCGCAGGAGAAGGUCUUGUGCGGCACGGUAUGCGGCAAACUGUUAUCUUGCGGAUUCCAUCAUUGCGAGCGGUUGUGUCAUGGAGAUGCGUGUGGUCCAUGCACCACUGUCUGCGGGAAGGCAAGGAAAUUAUGCUUGCCCGCGCACCAUCCUUGCACGCUUCCCUGCCACGCACCUGCUACCUGCGAUGAGACUGAAGCUUGCCGCACAACUGUUUACCUGACCUGUCCCUGUGGACGCAUUCGCCAGCCUGUCGCUUGCGGCGGGAGCAUAUCAAAUCCCGCUGGACGCGAGGGGUCCCAGCAGCUGAAAUGCUCCAAUGAAUGCCUCGUUGCUAAGCGCAACGCGCGGCUCGCCGAUGCCCUUGGAAUCGACCCCAAUCGCACUGGUACCGCGGAUAGACAGGUCGUUUAUAACGACGAGCUGCUCGCAUAUGCGAAAGCCAACUACAAGUUCUGCCUCAUGGUUGAGAAGAGCUUUGCUGACUUCCUGUCGUCUGACAAGAAGAACCAGGUCUUGGCGCACAUGCCAGAGAGCCGUCGCAAGUUCGUAUACGACCUUGCAUCUAUAUACAGGAUGGAUACGCAAAUGGUAGACCAAGAACCCAAUCGCAGUGUCCAGCUCUUCCGGCGCAUCGACUCUCGCACCCCCAACCCUCUUUUAUCUGCCGGAGCCCUGGCCCCUCGUUCGACAGACGUCACGCCUUCUCCAGGCGCCAGCAGGCUCACCGCUUUACGUGGAUCAGGGAUGCAGGCCCUCCCUCGAUCUGCAGCAUCUCCUGCACCCACUGCAGGCAGUUCCUCUGCGGGCGGAUGGAGGGCGGUCGUUACUCGGCCGUCACAGCCCAAACCUGCGGCGAAUGCAUGGGGCCCACCUCCGUCGACUAGAGCAACCUCGCGCGCUACUCCUUCGCCCUCGCCAUCCCGGCAACCCCAGCCUCCUGUGGCCUCCGCCUCCACCACGACAGCUGAGCCGCGCGAGGACGUCCCAGAGAAUUGGGAGGACGAUCUUUGA